CAGGCCGCAGCGGCGGGUCGGGGCCGCGGCGAUGCUGGAGGAGGCGGGCGAGGUGUUGGAGUCGGUGCUGAAGGCCUCGUGCCUGCCGCUCAGCUUCCUGCUCUUCGUCCCCGCCGUGCUGCUGCUCCUGGGUCCGCCGCCCGCCGCUGAGGCCGCCCACGAGUUCACGGUGUACCGCAUGCAGCAGUACGAGCUGGGCGGGCAGCCCUACGGCACCAGGAGCGCAGUGCUCAACACAGAAGCCCGCACUGUAGAAGCGGACGUCCUGAGCCGCCGCUGCGUCAUGAUGCGGCUGCUGGACUUCUCCUACGAGCAGUACCAGAAGGCUCUCCGCCAGUCAGCCGGUGCUGUGGUGAUCAUCCUGCCUCAGUCCAUCUCUUCUGUCCCACAGGAUGUUGUGAAGCAAUUCAUGGAGAUAGAGCCAGAAAUGCUCGCUAUGGAAACCAUUGUGCCAGUCUACUUUGCAGUGGAAGAUGAUGAGCUGCUGUCCAUCUAUGAACAGACACGGGCUGCUUCUGCAUCUCAGGGCUCUGCCUCGGCUGCAGAGGUUCUGCUUCACACCGCGACGGCCAAUGGCUUCCAGAUGGUGACCAGCGGGGCGCAGAGCAAAGCAAUCCACGACUGGCUCAUUCCCAGCGUGGAGGGGAGGCUGACAGGGCUGGGUGGAGAAGACCUGCCCACUGUUGUGAUAGUUGCCCACUACGAUUCUUUUGGAGUGGCUCCAUGGCUGUCCCACGGCGCUGAUUCCAAUGGCAGCGGUGUCUCAGUGUUACUGGAACUAGCCAGGCUGUUUUCUCGGCUCUACACCUACAGACGUACCCAUGCUGGGUAUAACUUACUGUUCUUUGCAUCUGGAGGUGGCAAGUUUAAUUAUCAAGGAACCAAGAGGUGGCUGGAGGACAAUUUGGACCACACUGAUUCCAGCCUGUUGCAGGACAACGUGGCCUUUGUUCUCUGCCUUGACACUCUGGGCCAAGGCAACAGCCUUCAUCUUCAUGUCUCAAAGCCUCCCAAGGAGGGGACCUUGCAGCACGCGUUUCUGAGGGAGCUGGAGAUGGUUGUUGCCAGCCAGUUCCCAGAGGUGAAGUUUUCCAUGGUGCACAAGAAGAUAAACCUGGCUGAAGACAUGCUGGCAUGGGAGCACGAACGCUUUGCGAUCCGACGCUUGCCAGCUUUCACCAUCUCCCAUCUGGAGAGCCAUCGGGACAGCCUGCGCAACAGCAUCAUGGACAGGAGGUCACAAGUGGACACGAAGGCACUGACCAGGAAUACCAGGAUCAUUGCUGAGGCUUUGACGAGGGUCAUCUACAACCUAACAGAGAAGGGAGCACCUGCAGAUCUGCAGAUCUUCACGGAUCAGAUGCAGAUCCAGGAGGAGCAGCUAGAAUCAGUGAUGGACUGGCUGAGCAGUCAGCCCAGGGCUGCUCAGCUGAUUGACAAAGACAGCACCUUUCUCAGCACCUUAGAAUAUUACAUGGGUCGCUACCUGAAAGAUGUCAAACAGCAUCAUGUGAAGGCAGACAAACGGGAUCCUGAGUUUGUCUUCUAUGACCAGCUGAAGCAGGUGAUGAAUGCAUACAGGGUCAAGCCAGCAAUCUUUGACCUGCUCCUGGCCGUCUGUAUAGCAGCCUACCUUGGUGUUGCCUACAUUGCAGUGCAGAACUUCGGUCUCCUUUACAGGAUGAUACAGAGAUUAUCCCAUAAAACCAAGCAGCAGUGAAGCGACAGGUCGUCCUGUGUACAGCAGCACUGAGCCAUCGGUGAGCCCAGGAACCUUCUGCCUUCCGUUGAAUCCUGCUGCUUCUCUUCCUCUCUCUCCUCUUUGCUUUCCUAGAGAGGAGAGGAAGGCAGAAAGACAACAAAAUUUCAACUCCUAUGCACCUUUUUAGGCGCCUCCCUUCCCCUCACUUGCACCAGGUUUGUUUUCCUUUGCUUUUUUUUUUUCGCGAGGGAAAAGCUCAGAGACUUCCGUAGCUCCUGCAAGUUGUUUAAACACUGAACAGCUGACGCUGAGCAGCUUCUGUGAGUGUAAACCCGAGUCCUGCACCUUCGUGGACAUUUGUGCCAUACAGCCAACUCGGAAGCUGAAACUACAGAGCAGAUGUAUUAUCUCUGCCCAGCAAACCAAGGACUCAGAGCACUUGCUUCGAAGAAAAUAUGCACACGCAAAUUAAAGAGAGUACUGUUAGCAUGUUUUCUGAUGGUACCUCUUCUUAAGUUUACUGCCUGGCUUUAGGGAGGUGUGCUGAGCAAGCAGUGUGUCUAGCAAGCAUCUUUAUGCAAUUUGUUCAGACAGUGCAAUAACUCAUUCCCUUUUCUUGGAGGUACACUGUAAACAGUCUUGACUGUGAGGGAGGGGAUGAAGAAAGCUUGUUAAAACGGGUUCCUGCAGGAGGGUUCUUAGCGGGACGCGCCGUCCUGCCCCUGUUGGAGGAUGCAUUCUGCUUUGUACUUGAUUUCUCUUCAAGUUUGUCCUUGCACAGAUUGCUGCUGCCACUACGUGCUCAACUCUUGCUUGGUUUUUAAAGGCAUCCUGCAGUCUCAAACGUUGCAGGAUCGCGUUCUGGGCUGUUUCGUGUAUUUAGGCAUUAAUGGCAAGAACAGCCCUGCUCCUGCUGAGCUCUGGCCGAUCUUCGUUCCUCAGUUUGCGCUUUCAGAUGGGUUCUGGAUUUUGGGGCUGUAUUUGUGUCCAUGUGCAUCUCAGGGUCUCAUUUUAUGUUUUUCAGCUCUGUUAUUUCUGAAAACGCCGUUCUCGACCUGCAUGUAUAAGCAAAUUCCCCAGGUGCUCCCUGCUGCCUCCCUUCGCACUCCACCCCCAGUACGUAAGAAGGGAGGCGAGACACUUGGCCAUUAAAAAAACAAGCCAAGAAACAACAAAAAAACCCCACAAUCUGUUUUAUGAUUGUUGUUUUAAACACGGCUGAUUGGAGAAUUGUAACUAUGAGAGUGCAUCUCGGAGCUCCCUGUUAUCCUUAGCAAUCCUCAAUUUUAGCUCUCUCCGCCUGGAAGUGUUGGCAGCCUGGCUGGCAAAGCUGGGAGGGGCAGGCAGCCAUUGCUCUGGCAUUGCCAUCAUCUGAAGUUUAAGCCUUUCUUGCAUGCCACCACCACAGAGGAGGAUGUUUCCUAUUUCUGGAGAGCUGGCUGCUUUUUCAGGGCAGUGCUGUGCUCUGUUUACCCCUGGGUUCUGAAUAUAUGACGAUUUUUGACCACAAGCCCUAUAGGCUAGUUGUAGUUCUAGAGGGGAAAGGGAUUGAAUUCUGCUGUCCUGCCACUCAAAAAUGUCUUUCUGAGUCCAUCCUUUAUUUUUUGUGCUGUAUACAUUGAGGUAUUUUCUCAGGCAACGAUGACUGCAUUAAAAAAAAAAAACAAAAACAAACAAACUAGAAAACCCCUACUUUAAAUAAAAGCAGCACUUGUUACAGAGGAUGAAAAGCUCUUACGGGUUUGAAUGAUGGUGUCCUUUUUGUUUUGUAUGCAAGGAAUUCAGCUUUGCCUCCUUAUCUGCAUCUCAGCUGCUCUACGCUCACUCCUUAGAAAAGGUUUUUUGAUGGCCGCUGUCUGCGUCCUUUGGAUGGGGACCAACGCACGUAUUUCCAUCCAUCUCGGUUGUUCUUGCUGUUUCUCCCCCCUUGGCUUUGCCCCAUAAUGCGUGCUUUCUGCUAUAUUGAACGUGUAGCAAUUUGUUCUUUAAAGGUUCUUUUCUUUUCCAGGAGAGCAUGCUAUGUCUGUGGCUCCUUGUCAUAUCAGCAGGUGGCAUGGCACCGAGCGCUCCUGAAAUAUCAUCCCUACGGGAAAACUUGCCUUUUCUUUUUCUUUUUUUUUCUUGGAGUUCCUGUUUGAAAUAUGUCUCUCUGUAUGCACAAAGUGUUUGUGACAGGCCUCUGCCAAAUGAAUGUGUAAUGACUUCAGAAAUUGGUUGCUGGAAGAUGGGCUGUGGUUGUUUUCCACUGCACUUGGAUAUCGCACGUACUGCGUGCUGGGAGGGUGCGGAGCUGGGCUGGGAGAUGCAGGAGGUGCACGGAACAGCACCUGUCUCUGAGUGCCUGGAGGCAGCACCAGAGCUCUCCAGCUGCAGCCCAGCCUUUAUGUCUGUUACCCACGGACGAGGCACGUUUCACUCCAUGUUACUUAAGCAGGCUUAAUGAAACCGCAGUACAAAAUAGGAAAGUCAGAAUUACCAGCAAUCCUCCUUCAGCUUCACUUGGGGAACGUAAAAAUUGGCAAGAGAGAGAAGGACAGGCCCAAAGCGUUCCUCUGUGCAUUGGAGACUCAGCUUCCGCUUUUCCAGCUCUGUCCUGGUCGAGGUUAUAGCAUUAAAGCAAACACUUCAGUU